AUGUCGUCCGCAUGAUGGCUGCCCAGUCCCUACAUUAGAUACGCAUGGGACACGUUUUGUGGGCUUUGGUUGAAAAGGGUCGAGAUAAAACACACACGGCGUACCCUGCUGACAACUGGUUUGCGGCUGCUGGUACUUAGUGUGGGGAGCGUGUGUUUCACGUGUUGCUUCUCAACACGCAGCAAAACGUCGUCCGGACCGAAUUUGCCUCUGGAAACGGGAGUUUGAACUUUUUCCACAUUUGACUGCAUGUGCCUGAGAGUCUGACGCUGCAUCUCUUCAAUGGCUGCCUCAGGCUCUUCCUCCACCUCAGUGCCUGAGGGUUUCCACUACGAGACCAAGUACAUCGUCCUCAACUACCUGGGACUCCUGCCCCCCUCCCGGUUGCAGGCCACCGCUGGCAGAGGAGAUGGCCAUUAUGCUGUGGACAGAGAGAGGAACAGAGUAAUGAAGGCACAGAUAGAGGAAGAGCUGAAGCAACUGGAAGAUGAGGUCUCAGACUCCUUCUCCAGUACAGGCUUCGACUGCCAUACGUCUCCAGUGUUUAGCCCAGCCAACCCAGAGAGCUCCAUCGAGGACUGCCUGGCUGUUCUGGGUGACCGGGUGGCCAGAGACCUGGACACACACCUGGCCUCUACUGUACACACACUCCUCAGUGCCCCGCUGGACUACGAGCAUUUCAGAGAAGCAGCACAAGACAUCUCCUGCCACACGCAGAGUGGCUGGAGCAAGGUGCUGGUGCCAUUGGUGCUGCUGCAGGCCCUCCAGAGAGAAGGACAGAUCCUGGCCCACCUGCUACCUCUGGGGGUCCGUUUCCUGGAGGAGGCUGAGGCAGACUACAUCAUCCAGCAGGGAGGAUGGGGUACAGUGUUUAGCCUGGAGGAAGAGGAGGAGCAGGGCGUGAUCAUAGCCGAGGACAGCAACGACAUCUACAUCCUGUCUGGAGAACAGCUUCCUGGCCAGCUCAGUCCCCCCGCGUCGCUGCUGGGCACUGGAGACAGCAGUGGGCCGGGCAGCUGGCAGACAGAGAGCUUACCCGUGUCUCUGGCAGGCAACGAUUCCUGGGCACAGGUGAGCAUGAUGGACCACCCCGAAGAUGUCAAGAGUCUAGACAGCAAUGAGGGCACCCUGGCUGAGGAGCGCAGUGAGAACAACUCCUCCAACUCUGACAUUGUGCACGUGGAGCGAGAGGACGCGGAGGAGGGUGAGGGCGGGGCCGAGUUGCAGGAGAGCAUGCUGAGUGUGCUGGGGACGGAGAGCGAGCUGGCUGAGCUGAGGGCGGAGUUUAGGGAUGACACCCUGCUUCCUGUCCCAGCAGCCCCAGAGCCGGUGGUGGGAUAUCUGGAGGAGCCGGUCAUCAUAGAGACGCCUGCUCCCCUGUCGGCGGUUCUGUCAGAGCUGCAUUCGUCUGUCCCCGUGUCAGAGCCUGAGCCCUCUGCUCCAGACCCUAUGAUUGAGCCUGCCCCUGUUGUGGAGGCAGCACCACCAACCCCCGCCAAGGCACCCUCUACUCCCCCAUCAGCAAAGCCAGUUCUAGAACCAGAGCCUGUUCCAGAGCCAGUCGCAGCACCGCCAGAGCCAGAGGAGCCCCAGCCUGAAUCUCAGUCAGAGACUGUGCUGGAGCCGGCUGCAGCGCCCCUCCUGGAGGCACUCCCAGCUCCUGUGGCCCUAGCUGAGGAGCCCCCGGUGCAGACGGAACCAGAACCCAAGUCAGAGAUCCCAGUGCUGCUGUAUGGUGGAGCUGCUCUGGUGGCCCUAGCUGCUGUGGUGACCUGGGGAAUCAUGACCCACCGGAAGAAGUAGCCUAGUAGUGCUCCUGAACCGGGUUGCAGACCUCACUUACUCCCUGGUCCCUGCUGCUAGCAGUACUCCUGAACCGGGUUGCAGACCUCACCUCCUCCCUUGUCCCUGCUGCUAAUCUGGGCUGCUGGGCCUGCCACUACCAGGUGGACCCACCAUGUGAACAAUUACUUAUUUUCCUUCUCUCCAUUUUUGUUUUCCCCCCAUUCUCCUCUCUGCUCAUCUGGCAAUUUGAUAUGUUUUUCUUCAGUUGCUGCCUCCAACCCAUCACGUCUCAAACUGGAAAGGACAUUUGUAUAAUUUUCUAGUGGUUUCUGUUUUCUGGGUGCUUGGUUGUUCGAUGCCAUGCGGAUGCACGUCACAGACACACCCUGUUUGUAUGUUACACUCUCGGCUGGAGCUCGGUGUACCUCUUUGUCCUCAGCCUAGUGGGUGUAGCGCAGAAGUCAGAAUUCCCUGUUCUAUUGCAAGGGAAGCUAUUCCAAUAUUUUCACAUACAAAAAUGUAAGUUCUGAUUACAUUAUGUCCUCUGAAAAGCAAACCUGUCUUCAAGGAUUAGAUGAGCAUGUUUUUUUUUUUUAUGGCAAUUAACUAAUCAUGAUUAGACUUUUUGUUUUUAGAAUUCACUGUACUGGAGACACUACUGUGUAUCUAUAAAAGCACUUGAUAGGCACUUGAUAGGGAUGAAUAAUAUGGCACUUGAUAGGGAUGAAUAAUAUGGCACUUGAUAGGGAUGAAUAAUAUGGCACUUGAUAGGGAUGAAUAAUAUGGCACUUGAUAGGGAUGAAUAAUAUCGCACUUGAUGGGGAUGAAUAAUAUCGCACUUGAUGGGGAUGAAUAAUAUCGCACUUGAUGGGGAUGAAUAAUAUCGCACUUGAUGGGGAUGAAUAAUAUCGCACUUGAUGGGGAUGAAUAAUAUCGCACUUGAUAGGGAUGAAUAAUAUCGCACUUAAAUGGAAAGUAGAUACACAAAACCAAAAGUAUGUGGACAAGUAUGCUUGUCGAACAUCUCAUUCCAAAAGCAAGGGCAUUAAUAUGGAGUUGGUCCCCUCUUUGCUGCUACAACAGCCUCUACUCUUCUGGGAAGACUUUCCACUAGAUGUUGGAACAUUGCUGCAAGGAUAUGCUUCCAUUCAGUCACAAGAGCAUUUGUGAGGUCAGACACUGCUGUUAGGCAAUUAGGCCUGGCUCACAAUCAGCGUUCCAAUAAAUCACAAAGGUGUUCGAUGGGAUUGAGUUCAGGGCUCUGUGCAAGCCAGACAAGUUUUUCCACACUGAUCUCGACAAACCAUUUCUGUUUGGACCUUGCUUUGCACGGGGGCAUUGUCAUGCUGAGACAGGAAAGGGCCUUCCUGAAACUGUUGCCACAAAGUUGGAAACACAGAAUGUCAUUGUAUGCUGUAGCAUUAAGAUUUCACUUCACUGGAACUAAGGGGCCUAGCCCGAACCAUGAAAUAAAGCCCCAGAUCAUUAUUCCUCUUCCACCUAACUUUACAGUUGGCACUAUGCAUUGGGGCAGGUAGUGUUCUCCUGCCAUCAACCAAACCCAGAUUUGUCUGUCGGGACUGCCAGAUGAUGAACCGUGAUUCAUCGCUUGUGUCCAAUGGCGGCGAGCUUUACACCACUCCAGCCGACGCUUAGCAUUGCAACGGAUGUGCCCAAAUCCACUAAUUUGAAGGGGUGUCCACAUGGUGUAUGUUUAUCUACUUCUUUCCAGUCACUUACAUCACCUAAGUGUUAUUUUGUUAAGUUUUUGGAAAUUGAGGGAUUCCACAACUCAAUUCAUUUUUCACUAACUAAUUUCAGUCAUUUAGUUACGAUUUGUGAUCAUAUUGCAGUAGUAUGACUGCAAUUAAAUUGAUUUUGAAUGUAAAAAAAGAGGAUAAAGGCUACCGCAGUUCAGCCAGUGGCAUAAACUGUUGCGUUUGAUUACCAACUAUCUCCUUGAAAAUAGGCAUUUAGAUUAUCUGGUAUAGAACUGUCAAUGGUCACUAUCAACCUUGUUAACUAUUGUGUUUGCGUGAGUGAAAUUAAAGCCAGCUCAACCACGAUGGCACCAUGGUCAAUGUUCCAUGUUCUGUGACAGGGAAUGGAGGGUUCGGAAUGACUGCACCAAGACAGAAUUUCAUAUUCAUUUGUUCAACACGGAUACAAAAUUUAAAUAAAACUUGAAAUCAACUAUUCAUCUUUCAUCUGAUGUUGUGAGACUAUAAAAUCAAAAGUAGAAAUUAGUUUAAUCUUGAAUCAAUUUAUGCUCUCAUUCCCAACUCCGCCAGUCUAACUUCACAGGGACUGCCUUUCUUCAGCUACCCUGUCAGACCCCUAUGUUUUGCCAGGUACCGUUUGUCCCCUCGGCUGGCCCAAACUGCCCACCCAGCACUGCCUUGCCGUUCCGCUGUAACCCCAUAGCGUGCCUACCUUGUACAGUGCAGAGACUUAAAGCUUAACAGAUGUGUGUGUGCUGGCUUCUUCCCACUGUUACCUAACCUUUUCUUCAAGGGUUCAGCUCCCUCCAUUUAAGUCAGGGUGGAGGUCUGUCCACAACUUGAAGAGUAGGAAUGACACAUGCCAGCCCUGCCACAGACAAUCAACAUAUGCAACAUUCCCACUAAGGGAAACAUAUAUUCCUGUUAGUUGGGUACAAUGUGAAUCUAAAAAUAAAAUCUACACUGUAGGCCUCAGGUGUCGAGUACAAAAACCACUUUUUUUUUUACUGGGCACUCAGGUCUGGAGCAUGAAAUGCGAACACUUGAUCCAAGUUAAAGUAGUAGUGGUUCCAACUUUGUUCACUGGUCAGUGGAUUCGCACAGCUAACUUGGUCAAUGUCAAAACUAAAGAUGCACACAACUCACUUCUGUUUAGCCAAGUGUAAAUACAACCAUGUGUGGUUUGGGGUAGUUGUGUGGGAGAGACAAAUGACCAUAAAUGGUUUUGUUCCAUCGAAUGCAAAUGUACAUCAGUUAGAUAAUAGGUAUGCAAAUUGUCUGGAAAGUACAGUAUGGAUGUCAAAUCCCCAUCUUGGCACUUCAAGUUCCCUAUAUGUGCAGUUUGAGACCAGAAUACAUCAUGUAAACUGCAUUGUGGUUUUGGACACGAACAAGUUAAUAAAAUGUUCCUCCCUUAAA